AUGGUUUGCUUUUUUUUGCGCAUGCAAGGCUGCCGGGUUAAGCUGCUCACAAUCUGCCUCCACCUGACGAAAAUCUGCCUCCUCUACUCGCUGGCACUCUGGGGCGCAUUCAACCUCAUCACCCGCCCAUCCCCUCAUCCCUACCACGUUACAAGUACUCCCCACCACGUCGACCGCACUGGAUGCGACUGCGGAGCUUCCGUCGCCGAGGCCGUCGCGCGUGGCUGCAAGUUCGACGGGCUGGCCAUGGCCUGGCUCCCGGCGCACUGCCGCGACGACGAGUUGGCCGCGGAGUUCAACACCGUGGGCGAUGGCCCCAACGGCACCUGGAUUUACUACGCGGACCGCGAGCGCACCCUCCCCAUGGAUGUAAAUGAGGUGGCGGCGCUGGCGGACCGGCCGGAGGCAUUGGUGCACAUGAGCAUUCAAUGGCACACCCUGCACUGCAUCUUCUACUGGCGCAAGCAGUUCCGCGCGCGGUUCAAUGGGAAGAUCGUGGAGCCCCGCUCCGACUCGGAGCACCAUAUCAGGCAUUGCGGCGAGAUUUUCUUAUCGCCGGGAUCGAGGACCAAGUCAGGGGUGGCGCUCGUGACCAACGACGACUGGUCCUAUCACCCUGUGAAGGGCGACGCUGAGAAAGAUGAGUUGACUCUGUUUAUUCUAUCUGGGCCAUCUCGAUUGAGCCCCAAUACCACUCCGUCAUCUGGGACAACGUUGUCGAGAAUCUUAAAGGAUUGGGCAAAGGACCUAGUCGAGGAAGGUUAUUCCGACUGCUGUGUCUCGGUCUCUGUCAAUGGAGCCGGCCAAUUCAGACUGUGGCUCUCCCCAAUCAUCCAUCGGGACUCACAAUCAACGUUCGAGGAAACUGUUGACCGGGCCACGAAAUUCUUCAUGCAAGCUGGUUCCGAGUCAGCCUGCUUCAGCUUCACACUUACUUCACACUCUGAUCAUGGCUAUUUGCUAUCCAUCAUCAGAGUCCCUGCGGCCGCUGAGAAUGCAUUUGCCCCCGCCGAAACCCUUUCAUUUAGCCUAUCGAAGGUCAAGAAGAACCUGCUUCAAGGCGCCCCCUGGCUUAUCCUUCUCUGCCUGUUAACCCUACUAUCCGUCAUCGGCGUCGUCGUGUCCACUCGCCUCGGGCUCACGUUCCGCGGCUCAAGCGCCAGCAGCACUUCAGGCAAUUUCUGGCUGCAGUGGAACACCAGCCGCAGCCGUGGCCUCGAGCACCAACUCCAAUUCACACGCCCCUGGUCCAGCUUUCUAGAUUAUUUCGGGGAUCAGGAGGAGCGCCAGGAGCAGUCGUGGUUCGUCCGGUUGGACGAUCAAUCCAUGGUCCCGCUCAAUCUCGUCGACGAGAGUGAGCAGAAAUACCAACGAUGGUUCCAGGAGCGGUAUCCGGAGAUGGAGCGGGUCCGGCAAAGCGGCGACUAUCUCAACACCUCCUUCUGGGAGGAUCCAUACGCGAUGCAGAUCGCCACGGACGCGCUCUUUCACCCGGCGCACUGUCUCCUGGCGCUGCGGCGGUAUUGGCACGCCAGGGAGACGGGCCGGCAUGUCUGUCCACGUGAUAUCGACUUUCACCAUGUGAAGCAUUGUCUGGACUCUCUGGAAACGGUGCUGUUUGUGGAUAGUGUUGGCGAGAAGGGUCCUAUACUCCCCCAGGAUUUGGAUAGUCGGAUGCCGUGGUUGGUGAAUGCCUGUUUCUAG